AAGAAGCGAAGACCGAUGCCACGAUAUGGCGCCAGUCUUGACGUCUGGCAGCUUCACAGUUCGCCAAGUCUUUUUAAUCUGAUGUGUCACGUGACAUGUCAGACUGUAUAUAAGGGUGUGCCACGUGACCGGGAGACCUGUGUUAGUGCCGCCAUGUUCACCGUCGCAAGCCUCUGCCUCUUGGCCACAGUGGCCCUGGCUCAAGAACCUCAUCCCUGUGAGAGUCCACGUCAGUUCGAAGGAAGAUUUUCUAUUUACGACAACGACAGGAAUUUCCGUGCGUUUGGGCGCUUCGCUUACGAUGACACGAACAGACGUUUCCGCGAGAUUGAGGAGAUGGAGAUCGGACGUGACCGGGAGUACUACGACAGACUGUACCUCCACAACCUGAACCUGGAAUACCGUAUGGACCUGCGCACCCGUAAUUGCACCGUCAGCACUCUCACGCGUCCCUGGAUCCCAUUCGCUGUUCCCCAAGACGCCAGAUUCAGAGGCGAGGGCGUCAUCGGCGCAUCUGGCAUCCCCGAUGAACACGUGACCAUUGCUAACUUCGACGGCACGGCUGACGGAAAUCGCUACUUCAUCAUUGCCACCGUCGAGGACUGCGUGCCUGUCACUGCUGGCUUCUUCAGCAACAGAACCGGCGGUGUUCUCAGACAAUUUUACGAUAUCACUAUUGGCCUCCGCGAUCCUGAUGCGUUCAUCCCCCCUCAAGAAUGUCACACUUUUGACCCGGACAAGAGAUUUUUCUCUAAAGCCCGUUUCGCCUAUGACGACAGACAGAGAAGGUUCCGUGAGUUCGAGGAGGUUCAAGUGGGCCGGGACGUCGACUACUUCGACAAACUCUACCUUUACAACGAGGGCAAAGAAUACAGAGUUAACAUCCGUACCCGCACGUGCAAUGUGACCGGGCUGACCCGCCCCUGGAUUCCAUUCGGCGUCCCCGCAGAUGCCAGGUUCAGGGGAACUGCUGACAUCGGUGCUGCUGGCGUUCCCGAUGAACACGUCAUCGUCAACCUCUUCGACGGCAAAUUUAAUAACAAUCCCUACUUCAUGACGGUCAGCGGAACGGACUGUAUCCCUAUCCAAUCAGGAUUUUACAGCAACGACACUGGGGGUAUCCUCACAGAUUUCUACGAUAUCUCCCUCGGUAUUUCUGACCCAGAUGCUUUCAUACCACCCACCGUCAUGUUGCUGGUUGUCUCGCUGGCUGCCCUGUGUGUCGUCACCCUGGCGCAACUGCCACACCCUUGCAGAAGCCCUGAAGAGUUUGAGGGCCGGUUGGUAACAUUUGACCCAGACAAGAGAUUUUUCUCUAAAGCUCGUUUCGCCUAUGACGACAGACAGAGAAGGUUCCGUGAAUUCGAGGAGGUUCAAGUGGGCCGUGACGUCGACUACUUCGACAGACUCUUCCUUUACAACGAGGGCAAGGAGUACAGAGUCAACAUGCGUACUCGGGUCUGCAAUGAGACUGGUCUGACCCGCCCCUGGAUUCCUAUUGGCGUCCCCCCAGACGCUAUCUUCAACGGGACUGCUGACAUCGGCGCUUCUGGCGUUCCAGAUGAACACGUCAUCGUCAACAUCUUCAACGGUCGUGACGAGAAUAACAAUCCUUACUUCAUGAUGACGAGCGCAACUGACUGCAUCCCUGUCCAAGGAGGAUUUUUCAGCAACGAAACUGGGGGUGUCCACAGGGAUUUUUUCGAUAUCUCCCUCGGUAUUUCUGACCCGGAAGCUUUCAUACCACCCAGAGAAUGCUCCACCUAAACAUCGGGACUACAUGUUUGUCAUGAUUCAGUGUAUUUUGUACAAUAAAACAUUAUUGUGAUA